AUGAGGGGGGAGAACGUGACCGUCAUCCGGGAGUUCAUCCUCGUGGGCUUCCCCACGGCCCCGUGGCUGCAGGCCCUGCUCUUCGUCCUCUUCCUCCUGGCUUACCUCUUUGUCCUGGCCGAGAACGGCAGCAUCAUCCUGGUGGUGUGGGCCAGCAGCGCCCUCCACAAGCCCAUGUACUACUUUUUGGCGAGCUUGUCCUUCCUGGAGAUCUGCUACGUGUCGGACAUCCUCCCCAAAGUGCUGGACGGCCUCCUCCUCGGGCGCAAGAGCAUCUCCUUCGCGGGCUGCAUGGCCCAGCUUUACUUCUUCAGCUCUCUGGUCUGCACCGAGUGUGUCCUCCUGGCCGCCAUGGCCUACGACCGCUACGUGGCCAUCAGCCGCCCCCUGCGCUACCCCGUCCUCAUGAGCACGGGCCUCUGCGUGCGGCUGGUGGCCUUCUCCUACGCCAGCGGCUUCGCCGUCUCCAUGAUCAAAGUCUACUUCAUCUCCAGCGCCACGUUCUGUGGCUCGAACGUCAUGAACCACUUCUUCUGCGACAUCUCGCCCAUCCUCAAACUGGCCUGCACGGACUUCUCCAGGGCCGAGCUGGUGGACUUCGUGCUGGCCUUCAUCAUCCUGGUGUUCCCGCUCGUCUCCACGGUGCUCUCCUACGGGCACAUCUGCUCCGCCGUGCUGCGGAUCCCGUCCUCCGGCGGCCGCCGGAAGGCCUUCUCCACCUGCGCCUCCCACCUCACCGUGGUGGUUGGCUUCUACACGGCCAUGAUCUUCAUGUACGUCCGUCCGCAGGCCAUCGACUCCCGCAGCUCAAAUAAGCUGAUCUCGGCCGUCUACACGGUCCUCACGCCCAUCGUGAACCCUCUCAUCUACUGCCUGAGAAACCAGGAGUUCAAGGGCAGCCUGAGGAGGAGCCUGGGCAUGGGGCGGGCUCCGGGGGAAGAGCCCGGCGUCCACUCUUAG